GGUCAGGGUUUCUACUUUGUACUUUAUAUUUUUAUCCACGCGCCGAAAAUACAAAGGAUAUUACACGCUCCACGAGGAGCUUUCAGAGGAAGUAGGAAGAAGGAAGCAGGAAGCAGGAAGCAGGAAGCAGGAAGCUAGCCAGCAGUAUAAAUUGUAUAGCAGUUACAAUGAAGACGCGUUAAGAAGGGAAUCAAAUCCCACUGUUGCAGAUAAGCAAUUGAGCGCCAAAGGAAGUUCAUUUUGUUUUUCCGCUGCUCCUCCUCAUUUACUCACUCGAAACCUCGCAGGAUAAUCCAUAGCGCCUCCAAUCUCUCUCCUUAACUUCUCUGUUUCAAAAUAUAUUUAAAUGGAAGCAUCUAUUUUGAACACAAAAUAUGAAGAUAAUGAUGGAAAGGCGUUGAAAGCUUUGUUUGAGGCAUUUGGCUCCUUGUUUUCUCUUCAAGAUAUAGCUUCUGCUUAUUACAAGGCAGACCAGAAUGCAGAUUUGGCUUGUGAAAUCCUUUAUGACAUGCAGGAAAGCACCUCUACCUCUUCUGUUGUUGCAACCAAUGGAGGGGGAAGAAGUGUAGAAUCUUCCAAAUCAUCUUAUGAUAUAAUUUCUACGAGAUCGUGUUAUGCAAAUGGAAAGUUCAGAGCUUCAAAGCAAAAAUGGCGUCCAGUUUCAGGAGGCACUAUUUCAAGCAUUCUUGGCAAAGAAUAUACUAAGUCCAUGCCAGUAGCCAGCAGUUCCUGUAUGGGAACCAAACCAAUGAAAUUGGAUGCAAAGGAAUUGCCAGCGUCUGAACUAUGGGGAGAGGAAACUAAACUGAACCCAUCAAAGAAUUAUCAUAUGUAUAAGGAUAUGGAAAAUUUUCUUUUCAGAAUGCUAGGAGAUGGUUUUCAGCUGGAAAGAGAUGAGAUUCGACAAGUUCUUGAUAAAUGUGGAUAUGACAUUGAAAAGAGUAUGGAGAAACUGUUAGAUUUGUCUGCAGUGAAUUUGGAAGAAGAGAACAAAUGCCUUGGUAAAUCCACUGGAAAGAUGGUAGAUGUGCAUUCAAAUUCUGAAGAACAUUCAUAUCAAUGCAAAUCACCACAAAUGAAUUCCCUCGGGGGUGAUGCAAAUGGAAUUUCAAACAUAAAUGAUGGAGGACAACCUGAACAAGACGAGAGAAACGAUCUUCAGAAGGAAGUAUUAGUUGCAUUGUUUAAUUCUGCUGAUAGAUCUGAAGAAUUAUCUAGAAGAGCAGCAAAGGGAGCAAGGAGAUCUAAAGUAUUUGGAGAACUAGUGGUUGAACCUCCAAGAGACUUUACCUUAGAACACAAGACUGAUUCUGUUGGUUCAAAGCAAGAUAACGGCAAUGAUGAAGAUGAAGAGGGUAGUUACCAGCAGCUUCGUAGGGCUGUGAAGGAGUAUCGGGUCACAAUGAAGGAAUAUUAUAAAGCUGCUGUCAACGCAUUUGCUAAGGGAGACUAUGAUUGCUCUAACAAACUUAUGGAUGAGGGACAUUUUUUUCAUGGAAAGGCUCGCGAGGCAGAUGAAGAAUCUAGUCAGAAGAUUUUUGAAACCAAAAAUGUAGAUACAAAAGACGAAUUGACACUUGACCUGCAUGACCAUGGUGCCAAGGAGGCAAUGCGUCUUUUGAAGUGUCAUCUUUCUUCACUUUCAGGCAUCUCAUCAAUUAAGUACCUGAAGGUCAUCAUUGAGACAGAUGAGGAAGAUACCUCAAAAGGGGCUCGUAGGAGAUUGGUUAUGAAGCUGUUGGAGAAGGAAUCAAUCAAGUGGGCAGAAGGAGAAAAUGCUGGGACACUAUUAAUUCGUUUAGAUAACAUCAACCGAAAAUCAUUGAGUUUUGCUAAAAGAUAGUAUGCAGCUUGGGAUAUUCGUGAUUGCUCAUAAAUUUUUCAUUUUCAACAAAUUGCAAGUCACUAUCGUGAUGAGAAAUGGGAAAAGAUUUCCCCAGUGAGAUACAUUUUGAAAGUCAGGAGUUUUCUGUUUAUUUUAUAAGCUGCGACUCGGAAAUUAUUGUCAGAGCUUGUAAACUCGAGCAUCAUUCGAGUUGUCUCAAACUCCAGAAUAGCACUAGAUGAGGUCUAGGCAUUGUUUUGGUUUUAAUUUUUUGCAUUUUGAGUAUGAAAAAUGCCUUUUCAUUUAGUUUUUAA